CGGAAGCAGCGGGGUGCCCGCCCGGCGCCGACGGGGGUGGCGGGCGAGUGGAGGGCGAAGCAGCCCGCACAUGGGCAGGGGUGGCAACAGCACUGCGGAUGUUGCCCGGCGGAGGCGGACAGGUCGACCUAAUGGGCUAAUUCGGCUAUGACCACCCCGCUGGAGGCGAACGUGACUCUGGGGACCGCGGAGGACCCCUCCAAUUUCACGGCACUGCCGCCAGUAGUUCCACAUGUGAGCACCGGAGGACUGAGCUGGUGCAAUGAGUGGAAAGACCCCCAGCACGUCCUUUUCCAGCUGGCCAACGUGUGUUUCAUGAUUUCCUAUUUGGCGCCCAGCUCGCGGCACGGCAUUCUCUUCAUGCAUGCAACUCUCAUUUUAGGUUUCUUGCUCUUCUGUACGUGGUCGUGGAACAUAAUCUGCGCAGCGGACAUUUUCACCUGGAAUCUGGCUUUCAUCUUUUUCAACGCCGGCCAACUGCUGUCGAUCAUUUAUCAAAUGCGGCCGGUCAAGUUCGACGCGGAGCUCGAGGACGUUUAUCUCACCCUCUUCUACCCCUUCAAGGUGUCGCGGUCGACGUUCAAACGGAUGGUCCACAGUGAAUUCGCUCAGAUCAUGUCUCUGCACGCCGGCGAGGCGUACGCUAUGCAAAAUCUGACCAAGACUGACCGUCUGGGUCUGCUAAUAUCAGGCAAAAUAAACGUUCUGUCAGACCAGCAAUUCCUGCAUCAUAUAUUGCCGUGUGAAUUCCUUGACUCACCCGAGUUUGAAUCAAGCAAGGCGAACACGGAGGACAAAUUCAAGGUUUCAAUAGUGGCAGCCACAUCGUGCCGCUACAUUUAUUGGAUGCGCACCGCUCUCGAAUAUUUGUUCGUUAAGGAGCCGUACUUGGCCACCGUGCUGCAGACGCUGAUUGCGCGUGACAUCACAACCAAGCUGUACACCAUGAACACGAAGCUCAUGACUGCUAGGGGUUCGCACUUGGACAUCAGGCUUCCAAGCAUCAGCUCCGCAGCUUUUGGAUCCAUGGCAGCUGGCGAUUACAAAGACCCACCACGAAGCAUCAAGCACAACAUCUUUGCGGAAACUCCGUUUGCUGGCAACAUCCCGAUCCAGAAGGACACAACCGGUCUGCUGCUGCCGAACGGCAGGUUGCAGAUGGAGCCGUUGCGCGAGCUACCCUCAACAGAUGAUUUGGCGUCGGGCGUGCAGAGCUGGCUGGACACCAACUCCAAGUACCACGGCCACCACACGCCUGACCACAACUUCUAGCUUUCGCUUAUAUGCAACCGGCGUGACGCUCGUGCCCGCCACAUUGCAUACGCUCGCUAAUCAAGUCUCGACGGGCAGAAUUAAUUGGCGCAGAUAAGGAUGGAUGGCUUCAUGUGGGAAACUGUUGGUAAUUGCUCACUGCUCGGAUUAAAACAAAGUUAGACAUAA